UUAGACCUCUUACACGACCAAUACACGACCAACUUUAUCUAGAGUCGCAUUGCUACGUGGGGUCUAUUCCUGUUGGUCAGAUAGCUAUCGUUCCACGAAGAAUUCUGCAGCAAAGGAUACCUCGCUUGUAACCUGAGAAGUCCAGGAGGAUCUUUACCGCUAUAAAUUACAACCGCACGGUUUUAACUGUCCAAAUGACUCGCCUUCCGGCUACUCCUGAAAGCUUGACCUCACAAAUGUCCAACGGUACCAAUGGCUUUCAUGAAGCCAUGGAGGACCUUCACAUAACAAAUGGUGAUAUUACCGAACGAUCAUCAUCAGAGGACGAGCGAAACAGGAGAAAGAGGAUGAGUCGCAAGAAUUCUAGCCCAAUGAUGCCAGCUUUUAUGGUCUCGGCACCGGGCAAGGUUAUCGUCUUUGGAGAACAUGCUGUGGUCUACGGCAAGGCCGCCAUUGCUGCUUCGAUCAAUCUCCGCUCCUAUCUUCUAGUAACGCACCUUUCUAAGUCAAAGCGUACGGUUACUAUGCAGUUCCCCGAUAUCGACUUGACCCACACGUGGAAUAUCGACGAAUUGCCGUGGAAUGAAUUUCAAAAGCCGGGAAAGAAGAAGUAUUAUUACGAUUUGGUCACAGAACUGGACGAAGAGCUUCUAGAAGCCAUGGAGCCGCAUCUGGCUAACAUUUCGCCCGGCAUGCCCGAAGCGCAGCGAAAGAUACACAAGAAUUCCGCCCGCUCGUUCCUAUACCUGUUCCUAUCACUAGGGUCGCGAAAAUCUCCGGGUUGUAUAUACACACUUCGUUCAACAAUACCUAUAGGUGCCGGUGUCGGAAGCAGUGCGUCGAUCGCUGUCUGUUUGGCUGCAGCGAUGCUGUUACAGAUCCGGACGCUGUCUGGUCCGCAUCCCGAUCAACCUCCCGACGAGGCCCGCACGCAAAUGGAGAGGAUUAACAAAUGGGCUUUCGUGGCAGAGAUGUGCAUACAUGGCAAUCCUUCUGGCGUAGACAAUACAGUCUCGACACAUGGCAAGGCCGUGGUAUACCAACGACUCGAUUACAACAAACCACCUUCUGUCACUCCAUUAUGGGAUUUCCCGGAAUUGCCGCUGCUUCUAGUGGACACAAGGGUACCCAAAUCCACGGCUGUCGAAGUAGGCAAGGUUAAGGAGCUGAAGGAUGCGCAUGGGCCUCUGGUGGGUUCGAUUAUGGACGCGGUAGACAAGAUAACCAGGAGCGCAGAGAGCCUCAUUGAGGAAGAGUACUUCGACAGCGACGAACCGGAGAGUCUACGACGCAUGGGACAGUUGAUGAAUAUUAAUCACGGUCUGCUGUCGGCCUUAGGCGUUUCGCAUCCUCGCCUCGAACGCGUACGAGAAUUAGUCGACCACGAGGGAAUGGGUUGGACAAAACUUACGGGUGCCGGCGGUGGUGGUUGUUCGAUAUCGCUGAUGAGACCGGAUGCACCGCGAGAAAAAGUUAUGAAGCUAGAACGCCAACUGGAGAACGAAGGAUACAAACAGUUCCGGACGACACUCGGCGGAGACGGAGUUGGUGUCCUGUGGCCUGCAGUAUUGAAAAACGGCCUGGACGAGGAUGAGGAAGGUGGAAUGGAAAUCGACCUCGACAAAUUCCUAAAUGCUCCGGGUAACGACGGUGUAGAGAAGCUUGUCGGUGUAUCUGGUGGUUUAGAUGGCGCUGAGAGAGAGGGCUGGAAGUUUUGGAGAGUCGAAAGCUAAGCAAUUUGCGGCUUGCGGGAUUUCGGAUGAGACGUGUGUAAGCCGGAAUUGGCGCACAAGCCCGCUAGGGCUAGUGAUCAAGUCGUGUCAUAUCAGGUUUCGGAGCUUCCAUUACAGCUUCUGUCUAGUGGUUGUUUGGUUGGGUAUUAGCUAUAGAAUAUCCAUAGGCCAAAAAAGUAAUGGGUUCCAAGAUUCGAUCAAGGUUAAACAAGGUUCGAUCAUAGCCUUGACUUUGAAUUCGAAUUAGAGUUAAAUUCAAAGUUAAUAAAGAAUCAAGAUAGAAAUAAUCGAUAUUUAAUCACGUUAACCGCACCUGCUUGGCCCGUAUAGGGGAAGGAGGAAAUGCAUUCAAUGUUGGUUUAGG